GUGUUCGUCCUGAGGCUGCAGUGAACGGAGCGGGGGAUUGCGGCGCAACAAGGUUAACGACCAGCGUCGAUAAAGGUCUUCUCUGUUAGCGGGAGCCGACUUCAAAGGGUGAAUCUUGCCCCUGUGUGGGGGGAGUCGGCGGAGAAAUUUAGAUCUCUUGAAAAAAUUAUGGCCACCCUACUGCGGAAGAUCGGUCUGAUCCGCCUGCACGACCGGGACACCGAGGACCCGAAGCACCACCAGGGCUCGUUAAAGGGGACCAAAGGCAACCAGAAGAACAACGCCAACAAACACUGUCAGACUGCAAACGAAACCAACAUCCUGAGCACCCCGGAGAUCAAGGCGAGGAAGCUGGACCAGCAAGGCAAGGACAAGCCGUCCGGCAAGGAUAAGCAGGGCAAGGACGCGAAGGAGAAGCAGCAGACGGGAGGAGGUGGGAGUAAAGCGAACAGUGCCUCCUCGAUACCACCGCUGGCGCCUCAUCGGCAACACUGCACCCAAGUCAGGACGCGCCGGCUGAUGAAGGAACUACAGGAGAUUAGGCGGUUAGGGGACAACUUCAUCACGGUGGAGCUGGUGGAGGACAACCUGUAUGACUGGAACGUCAAACUGCACCAGGUGGACAAGGACUCGGCGCUGUGGCAGGACAUGAAGGAGACCAGCACCGAGUUCAUACUGCUCAACGUCACCUUUCCCGACAAUUUCCCCUUCUCGCCGCCAUUUAUGCGCGUCCUGACGCCACGGCUGGAGAACGGCUACGUGCUGGACGGUGGGGCGAUAUGCAUGGAGCUGUUGACCCCCCGCGGGUGGUCUAGCGCCUACACGGUGGAGGCAGUCAUGAGGCAGUUUGCAGCAAGCCUUGUAAAAGGACAGGGGCGUAUAUGUAGAAAAUCAGGGAAGUCCAAGAAAGCCUUCAGCCGCAAAGAAGCCGAGGCGACCUUCAAGUCCCUGGUGAAGACCCACGAGAAGUACGGCUGGGUGUCCCCUCCUGUGUCUGACGGCUGAGCGCUCAAGCCGACGACCCUCCAUCCCCCUGUGCUAGCUGGACGAAAAACCCCAACUAGCCCUGACACGCAAAACAACACACCACGCUAACUCAACAAUCUCUCAUCGUCACCUUUCGCUGAUUCAAUUCUUUCCGGUUUUGUGUGUCUGUGAAUUUCUAUUUUUGCCCUUUUCUCCACCAAAAAUGCUCUGAGAGAAGACCCCUCGUCAUCACCAUGACUCCUCAACCAAGAAGCAACUCCCCCCCCCCCCACCCCUCCCUCUUUUCCAGCAAAGUUAUUUUCAGAGAGACCAGAGAGGGAAGUGUGUGUGAGUAUGUGUGUGUGUUGUGUGUUUGUAACUCCAUUGGACAUCAGCUAGGAGUGUGUGCACGUGCAUUGGGGUGUCUGUUACUGUCAGUGGAUUUAUUUUUGUUUUUAUUUUUGAAUUCAUGCACACACACACACGUGCAGUGGGAUAAAGUUGGACAGUGUGGACCUUUCCACCCAUGUGAAAGACUACUGAAUGAAGAAGACUCACCCCCCCCUCUCUCCCCGCCCUCUUCAUCCCGCCCUUCCCUCUUCUUCGUCCUUUGCACUGAAGUGGCGUCACUUCCCACCGCCACUCUCUCUGUAGCUGUCGGUUCAUUUACAUAUAAAUGAAGCUGUUAAUGUUUAAUAGACGGGCAGCGCACUCAUUCACUCCUUCAUUUCCCCUCUUUCUUUCUUUUUAACUGUGCUGUUGCUCACUAUUCAAUGCAACAUGAAGAUUGUAAUUUACAUGGAGCUGUGCUCGCUCUAUUUCUCUCUCUAUCACUUCCUUUUAGCUUGCUCGUUCACUUUGUUUCUCUUUCUCUCCGUCUCUUGUGGCUAAAUUUAGAGCUCACUGUUGUGUAGAUGGAUAUUGAUUUCUAAUGGAGAAAUAAGAAGUCACAUGUUGCUUUAUGCAGAGACUAUGUAUGAUAAAUAGAAUGACAGUCAGUCACCUCUCUUUCUGUCUGUCUGUGUGUGUGUGUGUGUGUGUGUGUGAUUGUAGAGAGGAAGAAGACUGUAAUUCCCAUGAUUUAGAUACCAGAUGGUACAGCUGAAGGCCAGGCCUCAGAAUGUGUGUGUGUGUGUGUGAGAGAGAGAGCUUGGGGGGGACAACCCUUUAAACAAAAAAGAUGAUUUACUGUGAAUGACACUAGGGCCCAAAGGGAGUGCUGUUUUCUGUUAAAGUACUGUCACUGUCUUGUCAUACUUCCUAGGUCAGCCCCUUAUUACUACUACUGUAAACACGUGCGUGGUUGUAACUGAAUAUCUACAUGCACUUAGCCUCGUCUGUCUCUCUGGUCCAAGUGAAGAACUAAAGGUCAUCAGUAGUAUAUACGCUUCAGAUGUUUAGCUAUGCUACAGACCCGUUCGCACACACACACACAUGCUCAUCCACACCUGCAGCAGUAACACUCUGGGAUGAAGACAGACAGGGGAUCGAGCGACGCCAUACAUGGACUGGUUGCUUUAAAUGAGCGAACGCUUCAGAGCCCGCCUGACUGAUGUGCGCUAGAAGGGAGGAAAAGGAGAGGAAGAGGAACAGAGGGAGAGGAGUGGAUUGUGGGAGCUUUGAUCACUGAUGCUUGCAUCUCUGAAAUGUCAGGUGGCCUGCAAAAUGGCCAAAGACAGAUACGACUUAUCCAACGUGCUGUGACUACUUAAAAGACUUCAAAAAUGAUUUUAAUAAAUAGAUCUAAUAAUAACUCUGCGGACGUCUCAAUCAAUCAGACCCGCACUAAGCCCAGACUGUCUGUCCAGUCCAGUCCAGUCCAGUGAGCUCCUCGUGUGUUUGUUUUGCUAUCUGCCAGUUAAAUGUCAGAGCUGCUAAUUGGUCUGACAUUUCAGCAGAGCGUCAUUAGAGAAGAGCAACCGAGAGCAGAAGGAUGGAGGAUGUCUACCUCCUGCUCUGCACUGACAUUUCGUCACUUUUCACUCCUACCCUACAUUAUGAGGGAGGGUUGUGUUCAGGGACGUUAGAUAAGUUGGUUCUGGGAGGCGAGGCGAGGAGAGGAGAGGCUGGGAUAGGAGCAGCUCCAUGCCAGUCAGUUCUUAGAGGGUCAAAACAUAAUCCGGGCGCUGGAUGUGUAGACCUCUGAGCUGAGUCAGAGCCUCAAAGCCAGCAUGCCAUAAUCUCCCCUUGUGUUGUGUUUUUUUCGUCAAUACCAACUGUCUGCGUGUGAGUGCAUGUGUGAGCAAAUAUGUGUUACACUCCCAUCAUGAAAAAAUAGGCAAAAGAAAAACUGCAAAACACCAUCUGGUAUGUGAUCAUGUUCGAAAAGCGUGUUAGUUCUCUUUAAAUUUGGCUAGAUAUUUCAGGGUCGAUCGUAAAGUGAUCUCUCGGCUUUCAGCAGAGAAAACUGAAUUACUACUAAGAAAAUGUCUGAAAAGCUGAGUGUUUGCUGGUUUCAAGAGAAUAAUUUUGUGAUAUAGUUUAGAUUGGUAGAUUACAGACACUAACUGGGUGAACUGAUUAUGUUGUAAUAUAUCUGCAUGUGAUAUGUGAUUGGUAGCUAGCUACUGUAUAUCUUUUUUCAAGAAAAACAAGAAAAAAUAUGGGGAAGAACAAAAAUGCAAAUGCUUCUCUUUUCUUGGUCUUUUUCUUUCUUUUUUUCAAUAUGUAUUGUAUGUAUCUUUUUUUUUUCUUUUCUUUCAAAGCGUCCUAAAAAAAAUGUCACAUUGUGUUUUAUGAAUGUUUGUGUUUUAAUUUAUUUGUGGUUUUGCCAAAAUGAAGAUUUGAAGCAUGUUGCAGAAAUUGUCACAAGAAAAUGAGAAGGGGGGGGGGGGGGACUAAGAAUUAUAGCGUAUGUGUUUGUGAGAGAAGGGGACUAAUUUGGGGGGAAUUCAGGGAGUUAAAAAUGGACAGAAGGUUGUAAAGCCUCAAGAUUACAAAGGGAGUAUUUCUUUUAUUGGGAGGUCAUGAAAAUGGAUCAAAAAAAUAUUUGCUCCCUAGAGUACUUUGUAGUCCACUCAAUGAUGUCACUACUGUCCCUUACCCAUUGUUCCUGCUCUAGAUGGUAAAUUGGCUUUUAGGUAAUGCUGUCAACAUGAAGAUCUGGACUGAAAGUUCCCCCAGUCACAGAUCGAGGAUCAGUAUGACCUCCCUAUGCUUCAAAUCUCACUCCUAAAGGGAAUGUGCACAUCUGACCUGUGAUCAGUUACUCUGGGCAACUUCAUACCACUCCUGACUUGAGUGUUUGGUCAAGACCGAGGUCUUAAAAGUUUUAAAGGUGAAAGGUCGUCGCAAGACCUAACAGGAAUGUGCAAUAAAAGUUUCAGCUUAUUCAAA